AUGGCCUUCGCAUUUAGAAAUAAUACAAAUAAGAAUAUAUUCACAAAUCAUAUAAUGGAAGAUACAUUUACAAAUUAUAUGGAAAAUAUAUCUACAAGUUAUACAAAAAACACAUUAACAAGCCAUAUUGACAAUAUAUUCACGAGUCAUAUUGAUAACAUAUUCACAAGUAAUAUUGAUAAUGCAUUUACAAGUCAUAUUGAUAAUACAUUCAUGAGUCAUAUUGAUAAUACAUUCACGAAUCAUAUUGACAAUACAUUCAUAAAUGAAGUAAUGCAAAUAGAUAAGGAAAUCAAUAGGUUUGCUAAGAACGACUAUAUUAAAUCUGAUUUCGGUUCUUAUAAAGCAAUUCAAAGCAUUACAAACUUUUAUGAAGAUAAAGCACCUCAAAAUAGAAUGAAUUCUGUAAAUAUGAGUGAAGAUAUAGCAAUUCAAA